CGUGCCUCAACCACAGACAGGUUCAUCCGUGUUUGCAAAAGACGAUCUGCUUUUCGAUGCUAUUUGAGAAUUCUUUAAACGGAUGUGAACGAGAUUUUGGAAACUGAAAGGUCCACCAUGUGGACAUGACUCGCCCGUCGCAGGAUGAAGAGCUUGGUGGGGAUUAUGUGGAUAGUUUUAGUGCUCAUAUCAGGAUGUUCCGGUAAUCCAGACGCUAAACGGCUCUACGAUGACCUUUUAUCAAACUACAACAAACUGGUUCGGCCUGUGGUCAACGUUUCGGACGCACUCACUGUCAAAAUCAAACUCAAAUUAUCCCAACUUAUCGAUGUUAACCUCAAGAACCAAAUAAUGACAACGAAUCUGUGGGUAGAACAGUCAUGGUACGACUAUAAGCUCAAAUGGGACCCCAAGGAGUACGGGGGCGUGGAGAUGCUCCACGUGCCCUCCGACCACAUCUGGCGUCCCGACAUCGUCCUCUACAACAAUGCCGAUGGUAACUUUGAGGUGACAUUGGCCACCAAAGCCACCCUCAAUUACACCGGAAGGGUGGAGUGGAAACCUCCGGCGAUUUACAAGUCUUCCUGUGAGAUAGACGUCGAGUAUUUCCCCUUCGACGAACAAACGUGUGUCAUGAAAUUCGGAUCGUGGACUUACGACGGCUUCCAGGUUGAUCUUCGUCACGUGGACGAGAUGAAAGGCUCCAACAUUGUCGAUAUUGGAAUCGACUUGACCGAAUUCUACACUUCGGUCGAAUGGGACAUUCUGGAGGUCCCCGCCGUCAGAAACGAGAAGUUUUAUACAUGUUGCGACGAGCCCUAUCUCGAUAUCACAUUCAACAUCACGAUGAGACGAAAAACUUUAUUUUAUACCGUCAAUCUCAUCAUUCCCUGUAUGGGUAUUUCGUUUCUCACCGUUUUAGUGUUCUAUCUGCCUUCCGAUAGUGGUGAAAAAGUAAGUUUGUCCAUCUCCAUUCUACUAUCACUGACAGUGUUCUUCCUACUACUAGCCGAAAUUAUCCCACCGACGUCGUUGGUAGUCCCAUUGUUGGGCAAAUUUGUACUUUUUACCAUGAUUUUGGACACUUUCAGCAUAUGCGUGACUGUGGUAGUCCUCAACGUCCACUUCCGUUCCCCCCAGACCCAUACCAUGGCCCCAUGGGUGCGUCGUGUCUUCAUCCACAUCCUCCCCCGAUUGCUGGUCAUGCGUCGGCCCCAUUACCAAUUCGACCGGAAAAGUAUGACAUCGAGUCAUCGUGUGAUGGUACGAACCUGCAAUGGGUUAGAGCUCAGGGAUCCUGGGAUUUUCACCGAUACGGAGGAUUUGGUAGAUGAUCCCGGUUUUUUCCCGAGUGCCAGUUCCAGGGAUGAGUUAACACCCAGGGAGUUGGAGGCCGGAGCGUUGAACGCGUGUCGAGUCCAUGGUACUACUCCUCCUCCAGGGCUUGGGUUGCCUUUACCCACCGAUCUGGGGACGGAAUUAGGGGCUGGGCCCCUUGAGGAUGCCCUUUGUCGGGAGGCCAACCCAUGGUACUUGUGUCCGGAGGUGCACAAGGCCAUUGAUGGGGUUAGGUUUAUCGCGGAUCAUACCAGACGCGAGGAGGAUUCGACUAAGGUCAAAGAAGACUGGAAGUAUGUCGCAAUGGUACUAGAUCGACUUUUUCUUUGGAUUUUCACACUUGCGGUACUUGUUGGUACCGCUGGGAUUAUUUUACAAGCUCCCACUUUGUAUGAUGAUAGGAGACCCAUCGAUGUUAGACUUUCUGAGAUUGCAUCGACCACUGCUAAGCCCCAUAUUGCCAGUUCUUUAUAAGGAAUUGAAUCUAGUAACAGGGCGUGGCUGGAAAUUUAAGAACCGGGCACAAAAAUUGGCAUUCAGUGUCAAAAACAACCAAAAACAAACUUACAAUAUUGUCAAAAACAGCAAUUUUUGCAAAAAUACGAAUACGCGCUAAAUUGUCAAAAACUAGACUCAAUAAUGACAAUUUUUGUUUCUGUUUGUCAAAUAUCACAGUUGAGUUGUCAAAAACGAUAAAGAAAAAGACAAAAAUUUACCAUUUGGAAACAAGGAAAAACAAUUCUCUUAUCUUGAGUGAUAAAAAUUUGUCACAAAUAACCGAAAACGUCACAUACAAAUCAGUGUCAAAAACAACUAAAGUUAUAUCAGAUUGUCAAAAACAUGUUAUAGUCAAAAACUGGUUUUCAUUAAAAAUGACAAAAAUCUUAUAACAUAGUCAAAGAUUGUCAAAAACUUGGCUGAAUAAUAACAAUGUUUCUUUUUAAUUGUCAAAUAUCAGCGCUAACUUGUCAAAAACAUAAAAGGAAAAAACAAAGAAUCACAAGAAAAUAACGAUUCGCUCAUCUCUUGUGACAAAGAAAUGUCAGAAAAAUUUAAGUAAAAACGUGCUUAAUUGUGAAAAACUGUACCCAAUAAUGGGAAUUUUUGUUUCUAAUUGUCAAAUAUCAAAGUUGUGUUAUCAAAAACAUUAGAGAAAAAAGCAAAAAUUAACGAUUUAGAAGCAAAGAAAAACAAUUCUCUUAUCUUUUGUGAUAUUUGUCAACUGGAAACGUCAAAUACAAAACAGUUUCUAAGUUUUUUUUUAAAAACAAUAUAUUUGUUGUCAAACAAAAACAUUAAAAAACAUUACAGAAAAAGGCAAAAAUUGUCAAAAACGUCAAAAUACUAGAAAAAAGAAUAAGUAAAACUGACAAUUUACUUUAAGUUUCUUAAUAACAUUGUCAAAUACAUAGAAUUAUUGUCAAAAACAUAGUAACAUUGUCAAAAACAGAACAAUCAAAAAUUGUCAAAAACUAUAUUCAAUAAUGACAAUUUUUGUUCCUGAUUUUUAAAUUCCAAAGUUGUGUUGUCAAAAACAUUAGAGAAAAAAGCAAAAAUUAACGAUUUUAGAAGCAAAGAAAAACAAUUCUCUUAUCUUUUGUGAUAUUUCUCAACAAGAAACGUCAAAUACAAAAUAGUAUUUAAGUUUAUGUUAAAAACAAUAUAUUUGUUGUCAAACACAAAAAUUGUCAAAAACGUCAUAAUACAAGAACAAAGAAUAAAUAAAACUGACAAUUUACUUUGUCAAAUACUUAGAAUUAUUGUCAAAAACACUAGAUUUACUUGUCAAAAACAGGAUUCUGGUCCUUUAUGGCAGCCACGCCACUGUCAGAGUUACAAACCGAACGAAAUUAGGCUGUUUUAGGGGUCAACCAAAGUAGAAUAAAAGAAGAAAAAAAAAUUUAAUGUGAGUUUUCGGACGGAUGCUCAAAUUUUCAACUGUCCAAUAGACAAGGUUUAGUAUUUUAUGGCCGAUAGGAAUUGUACUUACCUCUAGUCAUCUCCCAUUUUCUCUAUCACUUAUAAUUAGUAAAUCGGACGGCAGAAAUCCCUACAUUACCUACCUUAUUUACUCGUUAUAAGACCGAAAGUGGGUGAUUAGAUUUGCCUUUUGCACGUUUUUUUAUUAAGUUUAAAAAAAAAGUUCAUUCUUCAAAUUUUAAUGAUACCUAAACCGUGUUUUAAACGCUGCCGAAUGAUUAUAAAGAAAUUAUAUUAACGCAUCGAUAUUUUAAAAAAAUAAACUACCAAAAAAAAAACAUGUAAACUAUUAUGUAAACAAUUUCUAUACAUAUUUAUGCUGUAACUAACGAUUUUAAUAAAUUAAAUUUUUGAUAUAAAACUUCAUUUUAAUAAAAACAAACCUUAAAUUUUUAGCGUUUUGGUGUCUAGGAUUAACAAUAAACCGUUCCCCAAAUAUCUAAUCUCUAACUGUAGUAGACAUUUUGUGUAACACCAAGUUUUAUAGCCCCACAGGUAUGUAUAUGUUCAAUAAACAAGUUGUUGACUGCUCCCCUCUCUUUAAAUUUAC